AUGCGCACCUCUGCUGCGGUUCUCGUCGGCCUUUCUAGCUGCAUUGCCAGCACGACUGCGUUUCCUCGUAUACGCAUCUACAACUCGGCUCGAGACGCUGCCGACGCUGCCCUCGCCGCCGCCGUCAAUGUCAACCAAAAAGCUCCGUCGUACUCGGUCGUUCCUCUCGAGCCCGGCCCUGCCACGCAGACUGCGGAAAACACGGGCGGAAAUAAACCCAGCAGCACCGGCGGUGGGGGAAGCAGUCCUUCGUCUACCGGCAGCGGUGGUGGCUCUCCCUCUUCUUCGCAAGGCGCUGCAACGGUGACAGUUACCGAGACUGUUACGCAGACACAGACGCACGAUGCAGUCACCAAAUACGUUACAGUGACGGCGGAUCCGCAGACAGUUACGGCUGACCCCAAGACUGUGGUUGUGCCUACAUUUGUUACCAGCGUUGUGAACAACACCGAGACAGUGACGGUACCUUCGGUUGUCACAAGUAUUGUGGGUGGAACAGAGACCGUGACGGUUCCUACCACAGUUGUUGAAGCUACAACGGUCCUCGAGUCGACCACCGUCGUCGAGCCUACUACUGUAGUCGUCUCGGCUGCGCCCACGACAUUGGUCACCGUUACCACCGUCAGCGCCAACAGUUCGUCGACAGCUCCCGAAACUACUACUGUUUCCAAGACUGUGACCGUUAUUGAAGGCGAUACAACGACGCCUGCUACCUCCAAACCUACGACCACCACUGAGAAGCCUGCUUCCACAGAAUCGACCUCAGCUCAGACGACCUCGAAGUCUUUCACCAAGAUUAGCACCACGCAGGCUUCGGCUUCCUCUUCCAAGCCGACCGCAACGCAAGCCACUCCCACGACGACUCCUACACCGUCUACUGUGCAGCCUAGCUCGGCCUCUGGCUCACAGUCUGCUGCGCAGUCUACUACAGCUGUCCCGAACAAGACACCGUCGACAACCAGCGUGCCUUCUUCGUCCUCGUCUUCAACGAAAACUGUCGACGACGGCCAGUGGACUCACACUUUUGACAACGGCCAGUGGCACCCUCCCUACCCCUCCACCAACGCCACCGCCCGACGUUUUUGA